AUGGCGCAGAACAUGCAGAAUGGCCACCCAAGCUUCCUCGAUGAGGAGAACAUCGACCCAGUGCUGCGCGGCGACGACGACGAUGAGGAGAACGAUUCUGGCGACGAGGAGGCCUCUGCAGCACCAGGAUCAGCAGCAACCACAACAACAACAACAGCAACAGCAACACCAGCCAAUCCGUUUUCUGUUCCUCUGCUCCCUCCUCUUCCAGCACCACAACCAGCAGCAGCAGCAGUAGCACCAGCAGCCGCUCCUCCUGCUUUCCGCCGUCCCGCUCGCGCUCACACUCGCGCUCGUCCUCGCUCUCUCGCUGCCGCCACCCACCCCUGGGACAUCCCUACCGCAAUGCCGGCCAAUCUCCAGGCGCUCCUCCUCGCACAGCCUCUCCCACCACCACACACCACCAAUUGGCUCGUUGGCGAGCGUACCGCGAUGCAAUCGCAACGCAAGCGUGGUCGGCCGAGCCGGCAAUACAACUUCUUCCUCAAACGCACCAAACAGCAGCUAAAUGCUGUGUUUCUCUGCUGCACCCGAAAGGGCAGCAACACCAGCGCGGGAAGGGGAGAGCAGGACAGGAAGGGCGUGAUUGUGGUGUCUGGCGCGUCGCUUUCGGCUCCGGUGAUCAUUGGGCGGGCUCCAAAGCCCAAUGGUGGUGCUGCGCUGUGGGAGUACUUGCCGUGGAACGGCCUGGACGCGGCUGGAGCAGAUAUCUGGGGUCUGGACGCAGAGAAGGUGGUCAAGACCUUCGACAACUCGAUUUGA